GGGCUGUGAGGGAGGAGGAGCCGGGUUGGGCCGGGUUCGGGGGUGGCUUCCGCUACACAGCCGAGCGGGGCGCGGCGCGGCACGGGCCGGGGCAGCCGCCAGCAUGUCGGACCGCGACGUGUGGCCCUUCCUUACGAAGACCCUGUGCGCCCACGGGGGCAGCCUGGACCUGCGGGAGCUGCCCCAGCACGUGGAGCUGCCCGAGUCGCAGCUGGACCGGAUCGUGCGGGACGCGGGGCCGGGCCGGUUCCUGCUGAAGCAGGCCGGCGGGACCUGCCAGGUGCUGGCCGUGACAUCUGUGCGCCUCUGCGUCCGCAAGGAGUGCAAGGGCUGCGAGCGCCUGCACCUCUGCAAGCUGCACCUCAUGGGCAGGUGCCGCGUGCGGUAUUGUAAGUACAGCCAUGACAUCACCACAGAAGAGAACCGAAAGGUUCUAAGGACCCAUGAUCUCUCUGGCCUCAAUGAGAAUGAGCUACGGGUCUUGCUCCUUCAAAACGAUCCUUUUCUCCUCCCUGAUGUUUGCCCAUUCUAUAACAAAGGCGAAGGGAAUUGUGCCCAGCAACAUAAUUGCACCAAACUUCACAUUUGCCGGCACUUUCUCCAAGGACAGUGUAGGUUUCCCAACUGCAAGAGAUCCCACAGCUUUCUGAAUUCAAAAGCAUUGAUGUUGCUGACACCGGAAGGGGUGAAUGAUAAUGCGGCUCAAAACAUCCAACUGAUCUGUGAUCACAAGCAUGCUACAUUUAUCCAGGAAAUAAGCCAGGGGAAAACUCUCAACAGUACUGAAGAAGCUAGAAAUAAAAGGAAAGUACAUACUGGCAAUAAAGAAAAAAAUGAGUCUGCAGAAACUUCCAGUACACCUACCUCUCCAUCACGUGCAUUUUCAUCGGAGGCAUCAACAUCACAAGCUGCAAAAGCUGACUCUGCUCAUAAAACUGCUAGGAGCAAUGAUGUGAAUAAAUGUAAUGAGAUUUGCCUAUUCCACAUCUGGAAGUUCUGCAAACAUAAAGAAAAAUGCAGGAUGCUUCAUUACCAUCUGCCUUAUCGAUGGCAGGUAUUUAAUGGAGUAAAUUGGAACGACCUUGACAAAAUGGAGGAAAUUGAAAAGGCCUAUUGUGACCCGAACAAUAGCAGCCUUCCAGUUCGGAACAUCAAUUUUCAAAAAAUGAUGUAUGCCUUUGCUAAUCUUCGUCGCCUUUCUACACCAUCAUCUGUUACAAAGCCUCCAAAAUUCAUACUGACGACAAAGUGGAUUUGGUAUUGGAAAAAUGAUCAAGGCCAGUGGAUUGAGUAUGGAAAACAGGAUGGAAGCCAUGGACCUUCCUCACUAACUUCUAAUGAUCUGGAGAAUUUAUUUCUAGCAGAUCCAAAUGAAACUGUAGACUUUCAGACUGGCUCUCAACAGUAUCAGAUCUGUUUUAAAGAAAUGGUCCAGAAAAACGUCCUUUAUCAAACUCAAAGAGAGGUCCGCCGGCGGCCAAAAUUUGUGUCUUCCGAAGAUGUGGAGAAGAUAAAGAAAGGCCAAGUGGAGACUGCUACUUUAAGUCCAAACUAUCCCAAAGACUGGGACAAAUCUGCACUGCCUGACACUGGGUACAAGUGGAGACCAAAUGGAAUUAGAAGCUGAAAAGAAACAAAAGAGCAACAGAUGAACUAUGAUCUUGUCAACACCACCUUUGGCCGGUGUUUGAUAUUCUUAACAUGGAAUCUGUGCAUCUUCCAUGUCAGAGGCUUUACCUCCUUCUGUGUGGUUAUUGCAGUGUUAAUUUUUGUAAUGCAGAACAAAUGUCUCUGCUAAAAGAAGGUGAAAUGACUACAAUGUUAACAGCUAUCUGCUUUUUCUUUUUUGACAACAUGCUUAACCUACCUCUCUCUCUCAUAUAUUCCCACCUGUAUUAUGAAGGUACUAAUGCUUAGUCCUCUUCAAGCACUUUCUAAGAUCUAUAGAGAAAAAGUAAUGAAGAGCAAAAAUAUUAUGAUACCAGUAAAAAAAAAAAAAAAGCUUGUAGCUUGCGUAUAGUGAAAUUUAGCUGGCCUUAAACAAUAGUCAGAACCAUCAUUUAUAAGUAGGUUGAAUUACUUCAAUGAAGUAAGUGUUUCUGCUGCUUGGCAACUAAAGUAUUGUUUUGUUAUGUAUAGGCAAGAUAGGAUUCACUUCAAACUUUUUCUGUGGGACCAACAUUUUCUUCGUGUCUUCAUUCUACUUCCUGGCAGCAGCAUCUUUACUUUUCCUGUCUGUGUUUGUGCCAACAAGAAGAUUCCAUAGAAUUUGCUUCUGGGGAACUGGUUUCAGAAAUCAGGAGGAGGCUUGGAAUUGAACUAACAUAGCAAGGAGGUCCUUGGUACAAAUGAUGGGUGGCAGGCAUGUUACUACCUUCAUUCAAAGCCACUAUAUAGAAGAACUGCAGCUUCUGCUUUUAAGGAUGAGCGAGGGCUCUCUAAAAACAUGGAAGUGGGAUUCCAUCUUUCCUAAAAUUCUAGUUCCAAGGGAAUCCUUCCCUUUUGAGCUUCCAAAGCAUGCAUGUCCAUGCUGUGCCUGGCUUGGAUAGAUUGACAAGCGUCUCCAUUUUGUGGUCCUGUUCCACGUGGUUAAUAAAGAUUAGUAAGUCUCCUCUUCCAAAACCAACAACAGCAAGUCCUCUGAACCAGGUAGCAAGAGAAUGCUCAUCAUCUCUUGCAAAAAAAAAAAAAAGUCGCACCUCUGUGCUCACCAGGCCAACAAAAAAUGUCUGAAUUCUACUUUACCCAAGAACGUUAGUAGGAUGAAGGGGAAAAUAAGACUCAUUGGAUGAGGCUGAGGCUACAGAAAAGGUGGGAAUAUCUUUGAAUGGGUGGAAUAAGAAAAGCCUAAAUGUAUUUUUAUUCUCCUGGAUAAGUAAAUGAAUUGGUGCCACAAGACACUGAUGUACUUUCUGCUGCUGUGGAAUUUGCUGUCCUCAUCACAGAACUUGGAUACAUUGUACCAUGGAGGGAGCUGAACUCAACCUAUUGUACGUUUUAAUCUAGUCUGUGUACUCAGUGCUGCUAGUGGGUUAUAUUGUAAAGUGGCUCUCUAAAAUCUUUUUGUAUUAAAGACACUUACUGUAUCUUUUUAAAAUACUGCUUUUUAAUAAAUCUAAAGACUUAA